UUGCAGAAGAAUUUCGGAAUUCGGUGGAUUGUGGGCAAAGCCAUAGGAGGCGGUUUCAAUGGGGGGGGUGUGGAGGGACGACGAACCAGGCGAGUUCGGCUCAUACGCCGGCGGAAUUAUCCCGGGAGACAAGUGCUCCAUCAGGAAGGCCGUUAUGUUGAAGUGCAGAACCGAGGAGGUCGAGCCUGGAAAGUUCAUCAAGAAGUGCGAGAAAACCGAACAGGUUCUCAGGGAUUGCAUCGGCAAGCCUCUCGAGGUGGUAAUGUCCAACAAAGAAUACACUGAAGAUGAUGUCACGGAUGAGGUUCUUAAAGGGUCGGUCUCUUUUGAGACCUCAGGUAAUGGGGCAUUUGACUUCCCUGGAUUACGCAGUGAUGUCGAAGCCAUGACACGUGGCUUCUUUAACGGCCUCAACCGUGUCUUUGAAGAAGCUGAAGAGAUGAAAAAUGGCUUCUUUAAUGUUUUUGGAGCUCUACGUGUGUUUGAUGGGGAGUCUUCUUCCCCACCAUCCAUGAGACGAGGGAUACCUGUUGAAGACCAUCCUAGGGAAGAUUCCACUCCUAAACGAACUGAGCCUGAUUCAGGACAAGUUGAUCUUUCUGGAUUGGCUAAAGAUGUUUGAAGCAUACCAACUGUAGAUCUUCACGUUGUAGCCCCCUUUUCUUCUUGUAGCGUAUAAAGAGUGCGUCCAUGAAAUGAUCAAAUAUCCCAUAUUGAUAUUGUAAUGACCAAGUUUAGAGGGCAGUUGAACUUUUGGUAUUUUGGUCAACCUUAUAUUAUGUUUAUAAUGAAAUGAUAAAAAUAUCUUAUAUUUGUAUCGAA